GUACAAGUUGGAAGUCCAAUGGUUAUAAAAUCGUGCGACACAAACCUCAAAUGUGAUGUGUUUAUUUGGUGUCGAAUAACUGUUUUCUAUGAAAACGUAAUGCUUUUGUAAUAUAGUGUUUUACUUUUCCGCCCCAUUGAUUAGUUGAUCUGAGGGUGGACACUAUCUUCUUAAGCUACUUUUAGCUUGGUAGUUAGCUUUGGCGUGCAGAGUACAACCUUGCCCUUUCUUCAGCCACCUUGGCUUUGGGGUUGUCUUUUAUCUCUUGCUUCCUAGUGUGAGCGACAAUUCUGUCAGCUCCUUGACACUGGCAUUCAUCAAUAUGGACCAGCGAAGGAGCAAUUGAUGGAAAGUAACAACUUCACUCAGGGACAUCUUCCCCCUUCCCCCUGAGAGCUGUCAUUUUGCCUACAUCGACGUUUUUGGGAGGAGCGGCAUUCCUGAACCAACAGGAUGUUGGAAGGCCUUGUCGCCUGGGUGCUAAACACAUAUUUGGGGAAAUAUGUCAGCAACUUAAACACAGAUCAACUAUCUAUAGCCUUGCUCAAAGGUGCAGUUGAAUUGGAGAACUUACCUCUGAGGAAAGAUGCCCUCAAAGAGUUUGACCUGCCCUUUGAGGUUAAAACAGGCUUCAUUGGAAAGAUCACGCUUCAGAUCCCUUUCUACCGGCCUCACAGUGACCCUUGGGUCAUCUCCAUGUCCCAGCUAAACCUCAUUAUUGGUCCUGCCCAUUUGCGGGAGUAUGAUGAUGAGAAGGAGAAAGAAGAGCAGAGUACACGCAAGAAAUAUCUCCUCAAGACUCUUGAAGACAAAUUCAAAAGUGAGUGUGAACAAAAAGGAGAGUCUUACUGGUACUCUGUGACUGCAUCAGUGGUGACAAGGAUUGUGGAAAACAUUGAGCUGAACAUCCAAGAUGUACACCUGAGAUUUGAGGAUGACACAUGCAAUCCAGAGAAGCCCUUCUCCUUUGGAGUAUGUGUCAACAAUAUUUCUGCUCAGAAUCCCUCCAAAGAUAAGGCAUGGACUCCGUUUCGACAAAAGCAGCUGGAGAUCGAAGAUUUUAGAGUCUACUGGGAUACAGAAUGUGAAAUGCUGGCAAAUCUCCCGGUGAAUCAGAUCCAGGAAGCUAUGACCCAAUGUAUGAAGACGUGGGCGCACCAGUAUAUCUUUGAACCAGUGUGUGCCUCCGUAUUGCUCAGAAGAAAUGCCUCCAAGGAGCCUCUGAGGUUCCGACACACUCCACGGAUUCAAGGCCACGUUCAGCUGGAGACUAUGUUUCUACACUUAUCUCAGGUUCAAUACCAACAGGUCAUGGCAUUCCUCAAAGAACUAUACCGCCGGGAAAGGGAAAUGCUUUACAGAAAAUGGAGGCCUAACUGCUCUGUCUCUGGAAACUGCAGACAAUGGUGGUUGUUUGCCAUUGAGGCAAACCUAAGUGAGAUCAGGGAACAGCGCCGUCGGGGAAGUUGGACCUUUGCCCUCCAGCGGGCACGAGAUGCCCAGACUUACACCAGCCUGUACUUCAGAAAACUCAAAGGAGUCCCACUAAGCCCCCAAGAAGAGAGUGAGAUUGAGCGAGUAGAAGAAGAGCAGACCUUGGAAGAGCUCCAGAGUCUCAGAGAAAUCGUCCAUGACUGGUUUCGAAAACAGGAAGAGAUUGUUGAGAAUGUACGAGAGACGACUAGUGAACCCCUGCCCUGUCCGCCCACUCCAUCCAUCCCCAAGAGUGGGAGCUCUGGUAUGAUCCAGUACCUGCAGUCGUGGUUUCCGGGCUGGGGGGGCUGGUAUGGAGAUUCUCUGGACCCGGAGAGAGGCCCUGAGGUGCUUCUCCCAAGCCCAUCCUCCUGGGAUAUUCUGGCAGAAACAGAUGACUUGUUUGAUCCACUUGAGGACUCCCACACUUUGAACACGUUUACCAGGAGAGAUUACCUGUUUGCUCGGCUGGAGUUUUUACUGGAAAAAGGUGGAAUUACACUCUUCCAUCAGGACACUAAAGACAAAAGACCACAUGAAAGUGGAGUCAUCCAGCUGGAGGUUUCAGAGGUGAAGGUGGUUGUGGAGUCUUUGCCUCGCUCAGAGUCUUCUCUACUAUCUGUAAAGCUGGGUGGUUUAUUUCUCAGAGACUUGACCACCCAUGACACCGUCUUCCCUGUACUGGUGUCUCCAAAAACGGACAAGGUUGUCAUUUCUGUUAACCAGACAUCUGGGCAGCCCAGCAGCAAUUCGGGGAGUUCAAAUGCAGAGAGCUUUUCCUCUCCAGUGUUUGAAAUGCUUUAUGAGCGUAACCCUGUAAGGUCUAAGUUUGAGAGAAGAUUGGAAGUGAACACGAGCCCACUAAACAUAAUCUACAACCCACAAGCAAUCAAAAAAGUGACUGAAUUCUUCUAUAAAGGACGAGUUCAUUCCUCUGGUUUUGGCUAUCAGUCAGAGUUAGAGCUGAAAGUGGCAGAGGCUGCCAGGAGGCAAUAUGACAAGUUAAAAAGACAGACCAAGGCAGAAAUCCGACAAACUAUUGAUCAGCUUCUUGUUGGAGAAUUUAUUGAAAACAGUAAACGUUGGACUAUGAAACUGGACAUCUGUGCACCGCAGGUCAUUUUCCCAGAUGAUUUCCAAUCAGGAGAUCCAAUGUUAGUUAUUGUUGAUUUAGGCAGGAUUUUGCUUACCAACUCUCAAGAUGACUCCAAAGACUGCAAAAUAACCCAACCUGAAAGGGAAGACCUGAGUGAUGAGGAGUACCAAACACCCUUGGCCACUCCACCAGAGUCUCCUCCUGAGCUUGACAUGCCCUUGAAAGACUGGCUAAAAUGUCCUGAACUUCCCAGCCUCAGAUCUCCUGAGAGUACAAAAGCCUAUAGCAGAAAGCUUUACGAAAGAUAUUCAUUGUCCUUCAAGGAUCUGCAGAUCAUGGUCGGUCGCUACAAGGACAAUUGGAAAAACCUUCAAGAGAGCGAAGUAGGGCCGACUCACGUGGUGGAGAAAUUUAAUGUGUUGUUACAACUGGAGCAGAGAUUGCGCUAUACGUCAGAUCCCCAGCUCCCAGGGGCUGUGCUGUCAGGAACCCUCCCAGAUCUGAAAGUCCAUAUCAACCUAGAGAAGAUGACAGCUUUGAGGAGUUGUCUGGCUAGACUAAGCACUCCAGAUGGGAAUUCAGACCAAGGCCAAGAUAAGGCGUCAAAGUCUCCCGACCCGCUUACUCUGCGCCAUGAGAAAAUCUUUCAAAGAGAGGACAGCUCUUGGAAGAUCCAAGGUUCAGCCAAGAACUUGACGCAAAGCGUCAUGACUUUAGAGCAGCACACAAGGGAAGUCUUGGUAGAAUCCCGUCUACUGUUGGCUGAAUUCAAAAUAAACUAUAUGCAGCUUGGGGUGGAGAGCGAUGGCCGCUACAUAUCUGUUCUCAAGGUCUUUGGCACCAAUGCCCAUUUUGUCAAGCGUCCUUAUGAUGCAGAGGUCUCGCUUACUGUCCAUGGUCUUCUUCUUGUGGACACUCUACAAACCUAUGGCUCAGACUUUGACCUGCUAGUGUCAUCUCAUAAAAAUCUCAGUUUUGAUAUCCCCACCGGCAGUCUUCAAGAGAGCCAACCAUCUUCCCCGAUGUCCUAUGAGAGCAGAUCUUCAGAGCAACCGAGUCAUCUCACGGAGUCAUGUAUGCGCACAGAUAAAAUUGCAGCCCUCAGUUCCUUUCUCAAGGAUCAAGAGGCCCUAAUUAAACUCGAGUACCAGUUUGUGAGCUCAGACUGCCCUUCCAUGAACUUGGAUAGCUCCCUUCAGGUGAUAACUAUGCAGGUCAAUAACUUGGACAUCAUUCUGAAUCCUGAGACCAUGGUGGAACUCCUUAAGUUCCUUCAGAAAUCUUUCCCAAAGGAAGAAAACGCUUGGACAUUAUCACAGCAACCUGCAACACAACCCUACCCUGAGGAAGAAACUUUUCAAUCAACAUAUGACCAGAACAAGGAGCUUACUGUCGAGAUUCAUCGACUUAACCUUCUUCUUCUUCGAACUGUCUCCACGGGCGCCGUCUUGGGUGCUGAGAAGAAAGGUUUGAAGAUUGCCACUGCCAGCAUCACCGGCACCAAGGUUAAUGUUUCCUUAGGUAGUCGAAUGGACAUUAACGGGUCACUUGGAGCUAUUCAGUUGGUAGACUUGACCCAGGAAGGAGGUCGAAGCCAGUUUGUCGUCAGCAUCGGCAAUGCAGAAGAUGUCUCAACUGAUGAAGUUCUAACUUUGCUUGCUGACAAAGAACUUUCUCCUUCAGAAGCUCUGAAUUUUCACCUUCUAGAGAAUUUCCAAGGGGACUGCACUUUAAAUCUGCAUAUGGCAUCUUUGCAUUACAACCACUCAGCCAAGUUCUUGAUGGAGCUGAGUCUUUCUGCUAACGAGGUGGAAGACAAUUUCCGCUCAAUGUUGAAAAGUGCUGCAACCAAAGUGUCAACAGUUCUUGCCACAAAGACAGCAGAGUACAGUGGCAUGUUUUCACUCUUUGAGACUCCCUCGCGAAGAAGUCGAACACAGAGUUGGUCUUUUCCAUUGGAGGAUGAAGAGGAUAUUUCCAUGGAGGAAACUGAACCCACCAUAGACACAUUCUUUGUCAAGUUGACCCUAAAUAUAAACAUUGAAUCACCGGUCGUGUCCAUUCCUCGCAAACCUGGACACCCUGAACUGCUGGUAGGGCACUUGGGUAGCAUAACUAUCAAGAAUUUCAACACUGGCCAACAUUCUGACGGGGAGAGACUCCAAGUUCUUGUCAAGGACAUUCGGCUAUACUCACUAAACACAAGUCCUUUGGUUUUGAAGAAGAUGCAAAGAGCGGGAAAAAAUGGCAGCAUUUCACCAUCCCAUACUAGAAGUCAUGAUGAACCGCAGUUCACACGUCAUGACUUUUUUGAAUACCUCAGCCAAGGAAAAGCUUUCCAUAUAUUGAAAGACACCACCAUACAGUUCACGCUGGAGAAGGCCACCAUCAAUGAUGACAUAUAUACUUUGCUCAACUCCAAAGAACCAUGCAAGAGCACCGCGUUGCUGAGAGUCGAAGGAAAAUUUGUCAAACCUGUUCAGGUAUUCCUUUGCAAGGCAGUGUACGAACAGGUCCUCCAGACACUGGAUAAUUUAUUUCUCAUCGAGGAGCAACAUGUCACCCCCAGUCAGCCACCAACACCCCCGCCACCAACUCCUUCCUCCACCAGACCUCACCGCUUUCCCGACCCCCAUGGAGGACUCUUUGCAAAGGAUCCUCCCUACAUCAGCUUAUCACACUCAAUCCUCUCCUCUCCACUGCCCCUACAGUCUCAAAAGCCAAGUUCUGACUCUCCUGCAUUUACUCAGCUGAAAGUAACUGUUCAUGUAGCAGAAUUGCAGGUCCAGCUUAGUGCUGAUCUUACCCAGGGCUCCCAAGGCUUAAUCAGUCUCCAGUUCCGUGACCUGGUGGGCGACUUCACAAAAGAGCAUCCACAUUUGUUAGAAGUCCAACUAAUCCUGCGUUCAGUGCUCAUGGAGGACCUCCUGGAGCAGAACCCUGAGCAUAAACAUCUCAUGGUGUCCCGUGGAGCGCCAAAGCCUUUGACAUUCAGUACAAAAGAGUACCUCUCUCAAAGUUGUCCAUCUGCGUGCAAUGCCUUAUACCCAGUUAUGCCUCGCUCUCUUCCAUCCCACAUGGAAGAGGCCCAGAAUGUCUUCCAACUUUACCAAAGGCAUGCCGGUACUCCUUCAGCAGGUCAUCGCAAAUCUAAGAAAGAUCCAGACUGUCCCAGCACUCCACCACCCUCCCCUACUCAUCCCGCAUCCUCCCCACAGCCGACCUCCGAAUUUGAUGAGUCAUUAGUUCACAUCAACGUGUUGCUGGUUGACCAGAAUCACCCAGAGUUCAAAAGCCGUUACGGCAGCGUAGGGCGAAGCAUCGAUAUCGACUUUAACUGCUUGGACGUAUUAAUCACAUUGCAGACCUGGGUGGUCAUCCUGGAUUUUUUUGGAAUCGGCUCCACGGCCAAUAAUCAUGCAAUGAAGGUGCCUCCGAGUUCCCCUCAGUGUGUGCCAGGACAUCCUCUCGAUGAGUCAGACAUCAUUGAGCAGGACCCAAACGAAGUUGUCAACACCAAAUUGGACCUUAAGGUUCAUUCCUUGUCUGUUGUAUUGAACAGAGAAGGCAACGAGCUUGCGCGAGCCAGUGUGAUAAAAUUAUCGGCACAUCUGGAAAUGUUGGAGAGUAACCUGGUAUUGACAGGCAGUUUGGGAAGUUUGUCCCUGAGUGAUCUAACCCCACAUGGCGAGCUUUACCGGGAACGUUUCACCACAUAUGGAGGGGAGGCUCUAAUAUUCAAUAUCCACAGAUAUGGUAUGCCAGAUCCUUACCUGGAGCGUGAAUAUGACAUCAAGGUCUCUUUGCUGAUGGCUUCAGUGCAGUAUGUCCACACGCAGCGCUUCCAGGCUGAGGUGGUGGCCUUCAUACAACACUUCACACAGUUACAGGAUGUGCUCGGCAGACAAAGGGCAGCGAUGGAAGGCCAAGCUAUACGGGACCGUCCACAACGGGCAUCCAGAGUUCUGCUAGAUAUCGAAGCUGGUGCACCAGUCAUAAUCAUCCCAGAAAGCUCGACUUCAAAAAGGGUCAUUGUAGCAAAUCUUGGGCAGCUGAGGCUGCAGAACUGCUUCUUACCCGCUGGGGCCCGUGGCACUCUCUCUGCCCGAGACAAGGUAGAGAAACUGACCAUGGCACAUGCCUUUUUCCCGUCUCUGGAGCCUACACAAAAUGCGGCUGCAUGGUCUUAUGAGCAAAAAGGACAACAAAGCUCCCCCAGCAGCGCACAGCCUGAAGGAGCUGAGGAGAAGGGUAGUAGCCCCAUCGCUUCAGAAGUCCAUGUGUGUCUUUUGGAUUGCAUUGCUCUGGACCUGCAGCAGAUGGAUAUUUUUGCUGCAGAGCAUCUGCUCUGCCAAACAUGUGACCAAGGUUGUAAUGCCUCUGAAACCUCAGAUGUUAUUUUCCCAUCCUACUGUGUACGUCGGCUGGGAGGAAAUCUGCUGAAAGACUGCUGUCGCCUCCAGCUUAAAGUUGAACGCAACCUGGACAGUGAGCUGAGCCAUGCAGUUCCCGAUAUGACUAUCUACGGUAGCCUGUCAUCAGUACAGUGCUCUCUAGAUCCAGAACACUACCAGCUGAUUCGAGGGCUGCUGGAGAACAAUCUCGGCGAGCCCGUUGAAGAAUUUCUGCGACCUUUCAACCUGCAGGACCCCAGUACCUAUACGGUGUUAAGUGGAGAUGUCUUCACCAACUUGUCAAUCCUGGUGGAUAUGAUGGAUGUCAGUCUGGAGCUCAUAGACAAAUCGCACAAACGCUCACUAGCAAGAUUUAACUUCAUGAAAUCCAAGCUGCUUUUUGAGAAGUUCUCCAAUGACUCCAAAUCAGUCAAUCUGGUCUCUCACUCACUACUUGCAUAUGACACUCGGAGCACUGGGCAAUACGAGAGCACUGGUGGUCCCGACGGGACCAGACACAAUGUAUUCGACUGCAUUCUCCAGCCUUCUAAAACUGGCACAAACCAAGCUUCUCUGCAACUCGAACUGCAUUACAGAUCUACACGAGAUUCGUCCUGUUUCACAGUUGUCCUGAACAACCUAAGAGUCUUCCUCAUCUUUGACUGGCUGCGACUUGUGCAGGAAUUCCUGCGGUUGCCAGUAAAAAAGACGACAGGCGGUGCCGAGAAUCCUCAAUGUCCAAAUAACGUCAACGUUGACCUGGAAACAAAUACUAAUUCCUUCACAACUGGGGCUGUCAUACCGAAGAGGGUCAAGAGUGGUGUGGUUACCAAAAGGUCCACAGUGCCCGUUACCAACAAUCGCUGCCUGGAGGUUAAGGUCAAUGUUACAGGCACUGAAUUUGUCAUCGUAGAGGACUCAAGCUGCCUGGAUACCAACGCCAUCAUUCUUAAGGGCACCACUGUUCUCACCUACAAACCUCGUCUGUUGGACAGGCCCUUCUCUGGAAGCCUUGCCGGGAUAGAGGUGUUCUCAUGCUGUCUUGGCAAUGAACAGGAGACUGCAUUGUCCAUAGUUGAUCCAGUCAACAUUCAGGUAGAGCUGUGUGGCAGCCCCACUUACCAAAGUAGCUCAGGUCUACUUGAUGCCUUCAGCGUGGAGGACAUCCCUCCCUUGCUGGAGAUCCAGUUUCCUGUUCUGGACAUCCGACUGUCUUACAAUGACAUUCAGCUGUUCUUGGCCAUAGCCAAAUCCAUCCCUACUGUAAAUCCUCCACCAACCUGUGACACAGUGCCUCUUGAUACACCCAAAGACUCUCACAAGAAGAAAAAUGUUGCCCAUAUAGAAGGACAGCUGAUUCAUUUACAAGAUCUUGGGUUCAGGAAAGAGGACUGUAAAAAGGCCCUUCUCCUUUGUAAAGGUCACCUGGAUCUUGCUGCAACUUGGCUGCUAGAGAAUGCUGACAAUAUUGCAGGCCGGUCCAAAGAACGUACCAGAACCUACUCUGGUUCUUCCAGCCAGGCUGCUGCUCUGUCUGGCGUAGAAGUAAAGGCAGAGAGCAUCUGCAUUUGUUUCAUUGAUGACUGUUUGGAUUGUGACAUACCACUUGCUGAGCUCACCUUCUCCAGGCUUAACGUUUUGCAGCGUAUUGGUUCCUCCCAGGAAGGCACUGCCAGCUUUAGUCUUUCAGGAGACUAUUACAACAGAGAACUGUCAGGCUGGGAGCCCUUCAUCGAGCCUUGGCCCUGCUUUCUGUCCUGGCAAAAGCAAGAAGCAAGCCGAUUGCAUCCUCCCCGUCUCAAGAUGGCUGUUAAAGCCAAGCAGCGACUUGAUGUCAACAUCACCUCUGUUCUCCUGGAACAGUACAACACAACCAAGACCUCCUGGAUAGCAGACUACUGCAACAAGGAAGAACAAAGUAGUCAGUCUUCACCCACCUUGUCCUGGAUAGGCUCCUCAGUUGACCCGCCUACCUUUGGCCCAAGUGCUCCCCUUUCCCACCUUAGAACUCGUAGCACUGCCAGGUUGACCAGCUUUGAUCAGCAAACUGACUCCAAUGUAGUAAAACUUUCCAAGAAGAGGCAGCCAUUUGUGCCAUAUGCUCUGCGCAACCAUACAGGAUGCACUAUGUGGUUUGCCACGCUGACUACAACCCCUACAAGAGUGGCACUGUCUCACAGCAGUAGUGCAGACUCUAUUGGAGACAUCCACGGUCCUGGCAAUGAUGAUAGCCACAAUGUCAGUCAGUGGCAAGAGGUGUUCCCCGGUGAGGAGAUUCCAUUUGAGUUUGAAGCACGAGAAAAACUUCGCCAUAGGCACACUCAUGAGCUGAAGCUGCACCAACUGCUUGUCCGAGUGUGUGGAUGGGAACAAGUCAAGCCUGUGUCUGUGGACAAAGUGGGAAUUUUCUUCCGGUAUGCAGGUCCAGACAGGAACAACGCCUCCAACAUUGUUGGCAGUCCUAUCAGCAGGACUAACAUAAUUCAUCCACACGUCUACUUCUCAGCACUUCCUCCGGUGCGAGUGGUCUUCUCCAUCACGAUGGAGGGAAGUGCCAGGAAGGUCAUAACUGUGCGCUCAGCUCUCAUUUUGAAGAAUCGUCUUGAUGUUCCCAUGGAGAUCAGACUUGACAGCCCCUCUGCUCCUGACAAACCAGUGGUAUUGCCUCCAAUUUUGCCCGGUCGGGCCUUGGCAGUUCCCCUGCACCUGACGUCAUGGCGGCUCCAGGCACGGCCUAAGGGCUUGGGCUUAUUUUUUUGUAAAGUUCCAAUCCACUGGACCACUGUGGAGCGUCACGGAGAGAUCAGCAGCAGCAAGAGGGAUUGCCAGUCUGCAGACUUCGAUGACACUGUCAAACGUAACUUCAGGUUUUGUGUGGUCAUAAAAAAGGAAAACUACCCAGACCAGCAACCUGCCAAAAAGGUCUCCAGUACCAAUCAGAUCUAUCGACAGCCAGGUCACAUAAUCUAUCUGUUGCCCACCAUGGUGCUGGCCAACCUGCUCCCCUGUGACCUCAACUACUAUGUGAAGGGGACAGGCAUCAAAGGCACACUGAAACCAGGAAAAGAAGCUGUGCUUCAUGCUGUGGACACCUCUCAGAACAUGGAGCUAGGUGUCCUGUUAGAGAACUUCCCUGUGUGCAAAGAGCUGCUCAUUCCUCCCGGAACUAUGAAUUAUGUUGUAAUGAUGAGGCUAUACGACACAAACAAGCGUCUUCUUUGUCUGACCAUCCGAAUCAUCCUCCGGGCGCACGGGGCUCUGAAAAUCCUGAUUUCUGCUCCCUACUGGCUCGUCAACAAGACAGGCUUGCCAUUAAUUUUCAGACAAGACAAUGGCAAAGUGGAUGCAGCAGGCCAGUUUGAUGAGCAUGAAUUGGCGCGAAGCCUCAGUCCUUUACUUUUCUGCUACACUGACAAAGAACAGCCCGCCAUGUGCACUAUGCGUGUUGGGAAAGGGAUCCAUCCAGAUGGAGUUCCAGGCUGGUGCCAGGGUUUCUCCUUGGAUGGAGGGAGUGGAGUCAGGGCAGUGAAGGUUAUCCAACAGGGUAACAGACCUGGACUCAUCUACAAUAUUGGUAUCAGUGUGCGCAAUGGAAAAGGACGCUACAGAGACACUCACAUUGUGACUUUUGCCCCCCGCUACUUGCUGGAUAACAGCUCCUCACACAAACUUGCCUUUGCCCAGAGAGAGUUUGCUCGAGGAAAGGGUAUAGCCAACCCAGAGGGCUACAUCUCCACUCUACCAGGCUCCAGCGUUGUCUUUCAUUGGCCCCGAAAUGACUAUGACCAACUGUUAUGUGUGCGCCUAAUGGACAGCCCGACAUGCACUUGGUCAGGAGGCUUUGAGGUCAACAAACCCAAGUCCUUCCACGUCAACAUGAGGGACACCAUGGGGAAUUGCUUCUUCUUGAGGACAGAGAUCACCAUCAAGGGCGCAACCUACCAGAUCUCCUUUACUGACACUGAUCAGCUGCCACCUCCUUUCCGUAUCCACAACAUCUCUGAGGUUCCCAUCCAAUUCUGGCAGCAUGGGGUGGUUGACAUCAAGCUGCACACCGAGGUGAAGGCCGACUCCGAACUGGACUACGCCUGUGACGAGCAAACACUGCCGCCAUACCUGACUCUGACUGUGAAGGGAGCCGGCUCAUCAGAGGUCACAGCUGACAUGAACUUCUUCAGAGAAUACAACAAGCUCUACUAUGAGAAUUUCAUCUACAUCGCUGCCACGCACACCUUCUCACAGAGUGGGGUUAGGAGGCCUGUUGGCAAGAAGCAUCUGGUAACCCGUGCUGAGCUGGUGCUUGAUGUGGACACAAAGACACAGAGGGUCAUCUUGAAAAAGAAGGAGCCUGGGAAGCGCUCCCAGUUGUGGAGGAUGACAGGUACUGGUAUGCUGUGUCAUGAAGGCUCCUCACCACCUCAGAGCAAACCUGCCCAACCACGUCCAAUGGACUCCUCUUUGGUUUUGGACAUUGCUGGACUUGCAGCUGUUACUGACAACAGUUUUGAGCCAUUGAUGUUAAGGAGACCUGACCCUCGUCGCAGCACAACCCAAACAUGGUAUUUCAGCUCAUGCAUGCUGACCUGUGGCCUUCCCCGACUAGUAGUACAGGUAAGGGGUGGUAUUGGAGGCCUGUACGAUGGAGCAGAGGUGGUGUUGGGACCAGAUUCCGGACUUUUAGAGCCUGGUCCUGAACAGCAGUUUGUCAACCAAAAGAUGAGGCCUGGUUCUGGCGUAUUGUCCGUUCAAGUUUUGCCAGACGGACCCACACGUGUUCUCCAGAUCAGUGACUUCAACCAAAGGAGACUGAUCCACAAGUCACCAAGUGCUGAGCCGGACAAGAACAAAGAGGAUUUGAAAAAGAAAGAAAUUGAACAGGAGCUUGAGGUGAUAGUCAAUUUGGAGGAAGGUAUUGGCGUGUCUCUGGUCAACAAAGUUCCAGAAGAGCUCGUGUUCGCCACACUGUCCGGUAUAGAUGUCCACUUCACACGUACCGCUGCCAAUGAGGUGUUGGAAUUGAGCAUUCACAACAUUCAGGUGGACAACCAGCUUCUAGGAACCACACAGCCAGUGGUGCUGUGUGUGACCCCAAGCUCCGCAGAUGGCAUUGUGAGCGAGAGCGGUCCAUCCUUGCAGGUGAACUCGGUCAAAGUUACGAGCCGUCUGCUGCUUACUGAUAUCUUCAAGCAUCUCAUGGUAACAGCUGGCCGAUUCACAGUCAUCAUUGAAGAAAAAUUGUUGCUCAAGCUGCUCAGCUUUUUUGGUUACGGGCAGACAGAAGCAGAACUGGAGAAAUUGGAUGAAAACCUUCAUGAGAGGCCCAAUCAGGAUGCUGGACCACCCAAACGCUACUACUUUGAGAACCUGAAGAUCAGCCUGCCUCAGGUCAAGCUCAGUGUCCUCACCUCUCACAAGCUGCCUGCUGAUCUGAAGGCUUUGAAAGGUACCUUGGGCUUCCCAUUGGUUCGCUUUGAGGAUGCUGUUGUUAACAUGUACCCGUUCACUCGAGUGCACCCUUAUGAGACCCAGGAGAUCAUCAUCAAUGAUGUUCUCAAGCAUUUCAGAGAGGAGCUGAUCAGCCAGGCAGCCCAGAUCCUGGGCUCCGUGGACUUCCUCGGAAAUCCAAUCGGACUUCUCAAUGAUGUUUCUGAAGGCGUAUCGGAGCUCAUCAAGUAUGGCAACGUGGGCGGCCUUAUACGAAAUGUGACACACGGUGUAUCCAACUCUGCUGCUAAGUUUGCAGGAACUUUAUCUGAUGGGCUGGGAAAAACCAUGGACAACCGGCACCAGACGGAGCGAGAGUACAUUAGAUAUCACGGAGCCACCAGUGGCGAGCACCUGGUCGCGGGCAUCCAUGGACUCGCUCAUGGUAUCAUAGGUGGCAUGACGAGUAUCAUAACGUCAACUGUGGAAGGGGUCAAGACGGAGGGUGGUGUCAGUGGCUUUUUCUCCGGCCUGGGCAAAGGUCUUGUCGGCACUGUGACCAAACCGGUGGCUGGAGCACUGGACUUUGCUUCAGAGACGGCACAGACGGUCCGAGACAUGGCGAGUCUCAGUAACCACAGGCUAAGCGUGUCCCGUGUCAGGAAACCUCGCUGCUGCAAAGGUCCUCAGGGUCUUCUGCCUCGCUACUCGUCCUUGCAGGCUGACGGCCAAGAGCAACUCUUCCACCUCACAGACAACAUCCAAUCUGAGUUCUUCAUCGCAGUAGAGCCCAUUGACAGCUACAGCGUGCUCAUCUCCUCCAAAGUGGUCUACUUCCUUAAGCCUGGAGACCAUGUGGACCGUGAAGCUAUUUUCUUGGAGAUCAAGUAUGAUGACCUCUAUCACAGUCUGGUGUCUAAGGAUCAUGGCAAAGUCUAUGUGCAGCUCACCAAAAAGGCUGAAAGCACCAGCAGUGGUGUGGCCAUUCCUGGCCCCUCCCACCAGAAGCCCAUGGUCCAUGUAAAGAGUGAAACUCUGGCUCUCAAAAUCUCCCAAGAGAUCAACUACGCCAAGAGUCUAUACUAUGAGCAGCAGCUCAUGCUACCCGCCAGUAACAAUGAGGACUGCUUAUUGCUUGAGUCGUGAUCAAAUAGAGAUGAGGGGGGUUUCUGAAGCCCCCUUAAAUGAAGAUGUUUAAUCCACUCUGCGAUUGACCGGCGGCCACUCUAGGGUGUACGUAACUGUAUCAUUUUGAGAGUCAGCUGAUAAAGGCUGUAGCUCAAAGCUGCCAAAACAUUAUUGGAUGGAUUAAUCAAAAGGGGAUACUCAGAUAGUCACAUGAUCGUUUCAGUCACAUGACGGAGUUUUAAUUUCAUCUGUGUAUAUUUGUUACUCUGACUGUGUUUAUAGCACCAAGUGUACAUAUUCUGCAGGUCUUCCACAAUGAUUGUGAAUAAGGUAAAAAUGUAAAUAAGGAUAUUAUUUUGUGUGAGGGAUGAAAUAUAAAAAAUUGCACUGACACAUUUGAGUAUGUGAAAUGCCCCAAACUGGAAUCACUUUAAGCUGCCUUCCCCAUCUCUUUGCCGUGUACAAGUACAAACCCACUGUUUUGACAUUUCGGUAGCAUCACUGUUUGUUUCUCUUCGAUGUGACUGACUUCCUCAUAAACUAGCAUCUAACUUCCAAGCUGGAUUUUUGAAAAGUCAAUGAAGUGUCAGGACUUUUGGUUUAGUGUCACUUGCUGCGAUGAGUUUGAGCAUUUGGGGGGCAUAUUGUGACAUGUGGAUGUUUUGUAAAAUGCUUUCACAUGGACAAAUGCAAAUAAAGGACCCCUGAUUUAACACUU